AUGGUAGCUAGGCUGUUGAUAGUCGUUGCCAUUCUUGUUGCGCUUGCCGCAAGCGAGGUCCUCGAUGCAUCCCUGUUCAAUGUCUCGACGUCCACCACCGAAAACGACACCGUCACAGUCAAGGACCUCGAUCAACGCGCCAGUGACGAGCUUUGGGAAUCAGCACAUUGUAGGGGCAGCAGGCUGUUUCUAUCCAUGAUGCACAACGCUCGUGAAGCUGCCACUAUCUGCCAAUCCAUCACCAGUCAGUUUGACGGAACGUUCGAGACUGAUCUGGAAACUUUGGGUUGGUCAGAAGCUGAUGAACUCGUUGAUGAUUGCUUGAUGGACGGUGAUGGCGGUCACGGACUCGAUGAUGCACUCGAAGCUAUUGGUGCCGACGGUGAAAGCUCUACAAAUGGUGGAGACAACGUGUGUUACCAUUUCCAGCACCAGAAUGGUCCUGCCAUACUCAGAGAUAUGAAUGGAUGCAUACCAUAUGCGGUUGCGGAUCAGUACUACGUUGUCAACGAGAAGACUUAUAAGGCUACAGGUGCACAAUACGACAUGGGCGUGAAUGCCCGUAGUGGGAUCAUCUAUUUCAUCGAGCGUAAAUCCCCUGCAAAUGCGGCCAUGAGAUCAUGGGGUGUACCAUCAGUCAGGCCCGACCAACUGCCAAAGCUUAGGGCAUCCUCGGAUAUAGCGUGGGGAAUCUGGAGAAGAAGGUCUGAUAAUUUGGCGAAUAUCAAUUACUUCUUCUCUAUAAGCGUUGUCAACACCGACAGUAGUAUGAUUAUCGCUAGAGCUGCACAAGAUCUUGGUUACAACCAUAUACCUGAAUGGCCAGGAUUAUCAUUUCAGCCUGGAGAUGGAGACAGAGCGUUUACUGCUCUCCUAGGUGCAGGCUGGUUUCUCGCCCAGCAUAAGACACAGAUGGGACAAAACCGGUUUAUCUAUCGUAUUACCAUCUUCGCAGAGGAUGACUUCGAACACUCCUUUCCCCAUAUGCUCCUGUGGGUAAUGCAGGCACCACCACCGCCGCCAGUUCCGUUCCUGCCACCAAACCAGAACAACAGGAGACGUUUCGAAUCCGAGCCGGCCAAAGGGUGGUCAUACUCGCCACUAGAGUCUGGUGACAGAGAAGGUGUUGAGCCAGUGGGACCGCCGACGCAAGAUGAACUGGACUUGGCAAGGAAGCAUACAAUCUGGGGCUAG